AUGUUCCAACACUCUGUCUAUCAUGGUGCUACGGCUUACCAAAUUCCUGAACAGUAUCCUAUCUAUGCUCCUCCUCCAAUGCCUGCACCACCACCUCAUUAUUGGCCUGUGAAUGUUUCUGCCUAUCCUAGUCUUCUACAACACUUGAUUGGGAAUCAUGAUAGACAGGCUCGCACACGUCUUGCAGCAGCUAGCCAUCCUGACUAUGAGCGCCGCAUGAUGAAUAAAUUUGAACAGAGCCAUGCAGAGCGUAGACGGUGUUGUAGAGAGAAUACAAGGCCUGAAUCAGAUGUUUUCCCUCAUAAUCCAGCUUCUUCCUCUUAUCGACCACAGCCUCCAUUGCCACCUCAGUUAGAUGUACAGGCUUUGCAAUAUCAGCAUGAGCAACAGGCAUUUGAUCAGCAUAGAGCAUUCCUUCAUGAGCAGCAUCUUGAAGAGGUCCGUCAGCAGCUUUUGCAGCCUCAGCAAAGACAUCAGCAGCAUGAAUUGCAAAGACAGGAGGAAGGAAUCCAUGAGCAGGCAUUUUUUCAGCAACAACAUCUUGAUGAUCUACAGCAGCAGCAGCACCUUCAAAAUCAAAUACAAGUCCAUUUAGAAGAGCAGGAGCAUUAUGCCAAUCUAGCCAUCCAGCAAAACUACCAUGCUUUGGCUCAAAAUCAAGUGAUGCAACAGCUACCUCUUGGUCGUCGUCCUUAUCAAGAGCCUGACGCACGCUAUAGUGUUGGCCAUAUGGAUGUUGAAUGUUCCCACUGCAAAGCCCUUCACUUUUCCUCUGAAAAGCUAUCAUCUUCUACUCACAAUCACAUCCGCUUUGGCAUGUGCUGUUUACAAGGCCAAAUUAGGCUGCCUGUGUUAUUGGACCCUCCUCAAACACUGCGUGAUCUUCUCUGUGGAGACACUGAGAAUGCCAAAUCAUUCAGGCUAAAUAUCAGGCAAUAUAAUAGUGCAUUUGCAUUUAAUUCUAUUGCUGCCAAGCUAUCAGAUCAUGUUACCACUACUUCUGGGCCAUAUGCAUUUAAAAUCCACAGAGAAAUUUAUCAUCAAAUGGGUACCUUGCUACCACCCAACCAUCUUAGACCUUCCUAUGCUCUGCUCUAUGUUAUUGAUCCUCAGGCUGCACUCAAUGAGCGCAACAAUGCCAAUCCCAACUUGAAGUCUGAGAUCAUGAAUAACUUGCAGGAUAUGUUUCAUGAGCACAAUCCUUAUGUUCCCCUGUACCGCCAUGCCUAUCAAAUCAUGGCAGACAAGAAUCCUGGAGAACGAGACAAGCUUGCAGCCCGUAUUGCUAUCUUGCCCAAUACUGAUCAUUGCUGCUAUAAUGAGCCUACUGCAGGUGGAGUUGCUGCCAUCAUUCCUGGAAGUGGAGAUGAGGAAGUGGACUUGCACAGAGAUAUUGUUGUCCAUUAUAACCAUGGAGGUCUAAAGCAUUUUAGCCAUCUUCAUCCUCACUACAGUCCCUUGCAUUAUGUGACAUAA